AACUGUAUUUCUAUGUGCACCGACUUGAACCUGGUCAACGGGCAUCAUAACGUUUUCAGGAAGCAGUUGAUAGAAGCCGUUAAGUCGACAUUUGUUGUUGUUGUUGUUGUCUCUUGAGCUGUGUAUCCUGAGAGUCUGGUCAGCCGACCAGCGGAGUGUUUUCUCGGUGUAGGUUUUGACGUCUCUUCCAUCGGCGGAUGAAUGGCAAUGACGGCCAUGAGAGCGGUGGCGGUGGCAGCGGGCGGCCCGGCGUCUUUGUCCCGGUUCAGAGGAGCGCUGGUGGCCGCGGUGCUGGGAGACUGUGUCGGAGGAGAGUUUGAAGGAGCGGAGGAGGUUCCCAUGGAGAGCGUGCUGCAGCAUCUCAGCAGCCUGGACGACGACACCAAGGGGAAUGGUAUCCUUGAAUACAGUGAUGACACGGCAAUGGCACGGUGUGUGGUCCAGUCUCUACUCACCCGUGCUGGCUUUGAUGAGCAGGACAUGGCUCGCAGGUUUGCUAAGGAGUACAGUGCGUCCCCGGGUCGUGGUUAUGGUUCUGGGGUGAUCCAGGUGUUGAAGAAGCUGUCCUCUCCUCAGCUCAGUGAUGUCUACCAGCCGGCAAGGGACCAGUUUAAUGGUCGAGGCUCCUUUGGGAACGGGGGAGCCAUGAGGGCGGCCCCCUUCGCACUGGCUUUCCCUGGUCCAGCUGAUGUUAAAAGGUUCGCCCGUCUGGGUGCCAUGCUGACCCACUCCUGCUCUCUGGGUUAUAACGGGGCAGUGCUGCAGGCGUUAGCUGUUCACCUCUCCCUGCAGGGGGCACUAGACAUGCCCCAGCAGUUCAUCAGCAGGCUAAUCACAGAGAUGGAGGAAGUGGAGGGCGACGAGGCGACGCGCAAUGAUGCCAGAAUCCUAAAAGAAGCAGAGAAGCCAUUCUGUGAGCGCCUGCACAGAGUUAGAGACCUGAUGGACAGGAGCAAGGUCAGCAUAGAGGAGGUCAUUUCUGAGCUGGGUAACGGCAUUGCGGCGCUCCACUCGGUCCCCACCGCCAUCUUCUGCGUCCUCCACUGCCUGCAGCCCCGUGAAUGCCUUCCAGAAAACUAUGGCGGCCUGGAGAGGACAAUCGCGUACAGCCUGGCUCUGGGAGGGGACACAGACACCAUAGCCUGCAUGGCAGGGGCCAUCGCCGGGGCCCACUAUGGCAUCGAGGCUAUUCCUCAGUCGUGGAUAAAGUGCUGCGAGGGGGCAGAGGACGCGGACAUGAACGCAGAGCGACUUCACAUGCUGUACCACCGGUCGUCACAGGGAGGCGGGAGUGGGACAGGAGAGCAGAGCUGUGAAGGAGCAUCUAAAAGCCAGUCAAACGCUUCUAACGGCACAGAGAAGAAAACUGGAGUUUGACAAUAAGGACUCUUGAACACACACACACACACACAAAUUACACACUUACACUUAAUAAAUACCUUUUUGUUUUCGGACUGUGUUGGUUUAAAGGGAGCUUGUGAUUAAGGGCAACAUUAGUUUACUUGUCAUAACAGCUCAUUAUUUUGAGACCCUACCCCUCCCAGCGUGCAAAAAAAAAAAAAAAAAAGAAGCUAAAUUGUGAAUCU